CGUCAGGGUAAAUACCAUGGCAAUAGCCUUGUUAUCAGAUAAGAUUCAAACGACGACUUCCUAGUAGCUGACGAUAAAGAUUCUGUUUUCUAGAGACCUGAACCUGAACUAAGGUUCUUUUCACGAAAACUCAAUCAUGGUUUCUUCCUGUGUGUAUAUGAUAUUCGGAAUUCUGAUAUUAAGCUGGUCGUACCAAUGGCAAAAACAUGGCACAUGUGCUGAUGUUGAAGACACAAGGACAGUGGCGCACUAUUUUAGCAAGGCCACUGAAUUGGCUCUUCUCUAUAAUAUUUCAGCAAUCUUGAAGAAGAGACAAAUUAUGGAAGGCAACAAUAUCCUGAUUCCAGAAAUAGAAGAUAGUUUCAGAAUAGAAACAAAGCAUCGACCUUAUAUUCUUCUUAAAGAUGUAGGACGAAAGCCCUUAUGGUUGUGGGAUGUCCAACUCUGUUUUAGUAAAACUUUUAGUUUGAUUGAUUGCCAUAGAAGAAAUAUAUACCAAGGUCCUCUCUUGUACCCGAGCCUUACUCCCAGCCCUGCUGGUCACUCGAUAUCACCAGAUAACGGAGAAUGUCGAAAUACAGCACAAACGGCCUUGCUCUCCCUUGUAUUUGUUAUACUUUGCAGUGUUCUGUAAGGAGACACUUUAA